AUGUCAGGACAGUCAGACCUCCAACUAACAAUAGACGAAGACGCACGAACACUCUUAGCGCUAGACACCACUAAGGCUACUGGACCUGACGGAAUACCAUCUCGACUUCUAAAAGAAACAGCGCGGCAGAUUGCACCUUCCCUCACCCAAAUUUUCAACAAGUCGUUAAGCUGUGGCGAAUUACCUGAUGAAUGGAAAUUAGCAAACAUUGUACCAGUACACAAGAAAGGCGAAAAGAGCCAAGUAGAGAACUAUAGACCUAUCUCUCUUCUUUCCAUAAUAUCGAAAGUACUAGAACGUUGUGUCCUGAGAAAUUAACGUGAUCAUCUGCUGGUAUUAAUCAAUGAUAGCCAACAUGGUUUUAUUCCCGAAAGUCGUGUACAACUCAGCUGUUAGAGGUUGUUGACUAUAUAGGUUCACUUCUGGACGGUGGCAAGCAAACUGAUGUAGUCUAUAUGGACAUGUCCAAGGCAGUCGACAAAGUCCACCAUAAGUAUCUGAUAAGCAAAUUAAGGAAGGUCUAUGACAUCUCUUGUAAACUCCUUCGCUGGUUUGAGUCGUAGCUAACAAAUCGCAAGCAACGUGUAACUGUGCUAAGAGCUACAUCCUCCGCAAGACCUGUUCUGUCAGGAGUUCCACAGGGUUCAAUAUUAGGUCCCAUACUGUUUCUGUUGUACCCGAACGACCUGCUGGAUGCAGCAGAGCAAUCCAAGAUCGCAUCCUUCGCCGAUGACACAAAGCUAUUUAAGAAAAUUGAUUCCACUACUGAUGCCAUAUCCUUACAAUGUGACUUGAGUAAUUUGGAGAACUGGUCAAUAUCUUCAGGUCUUGUCUUCGACCAAGGCAAAUGCAAAUGUCAGUGUAUAACAGGGAAAAAGAAUCCCACCAAACACGAGUAUAAGAUCAACAACAAGUCCCUGGUAGUAACCGAGAAAGAGAAAGAUUUAGGCAUAUGGAUCACGGGCAUGUUAAGCUGCUCUUACCAUACCCGCGAUCGCUGUGCAAAGGCAAAUAAGAUGCUUGGUUUCCUGCGUAGGGCUGCAACGGAAAUUACAGAUAUUAAGAUACGCCGUACACUGUACUUGUCAAUUGUUCGCUCAACGUUAGGUUACGCCACUCAAGUCUGGUCACCACAAUCGAUCGACUUAAUUACGAGGACAGAACGCAUCCCAAGACGAGCUACAAAGUUCAUUCUGAAAUUACCAUACGUGUGCGGAGAAACGUACAAAGACAGACUGAUCUCCUUAGACUUACUACCAAUCACCUACUGUCAUGAGUUGCUUAACAUUAUGUUUUUCUUUAAAGCUGUAAACAACAUUAUAACUGCCUCGAAUGAAGUCCUUCCACAGCCAAUUAUACCAUCAAGGCUCACUAGAACAUCGGUUGACACCAACGUGCUCUCGUUCCGUCCUCGCAAAUGUAAGACGCUGAUCAUGACAUACCAACGCUCUUUCUUCAUCAGAGUAAUAAGAACUUACAACUCUUUGCCAGAAAGUCUAAGGCAAAAAGACUCUCACUGGUACGAUUUAGAACAUUGUUGCUCGACUAUUAUCACAACGCUGUCAAGACAUCGUAUGAUGUGGACGAUGCCAGAACGUGGAGAACGUGCAGUCUGCUUGAAAUGCAACACAUCACCAAACUCAUGCAACCAUUAACGUGCUGCUAUUAGUACUGUAUACACUGUAUACACUGUAUCCAUUACCAGUUUCAACUUUCAAUUUAUAUAUUAGUUAUGUGUUUUCUGUAUCCAAGGGCGCACAGUAAUUGGUUUCAAGCUGUUGUGGUGUCGCCGCCUUUAAGUUGUUGUCAACUUUAUGUUGUUGCAUGUCAACUUUUUGUCCAACCUUGAAACGUGGGAGGCUCGGCGUCUUUUUUGCGUUUCGAUAAGUUUUGUCCAGGUCUAUGCCAAGUUUUUAAGCAAUUUUCCAUAUUUUCCAUUGUUGGGCUCAUAAAAUUCAAGCAUAUUAAAUGAAUGUGUAUGAUUAUAAAAUUAAACCAUCCUAGGUUUAAUUUCGCAAUCAUGUACGUUGCGCUGAAGUUUUCGCGUUUUGGGGUUGGACAGAAAUGGUUGGGUGUACGUGUUGUUUGAAUGUGUAAUUAUAGGCGAAGCUAAAUAAAUAAAUAUAUAAAUCACCAUAUUCCAUUAAACGUCUAAUUAAAGAAAUAUAUUUGCUAUUCAAUGUAGAUCUGUUCAGACGAAAUCUUAACCUGUAAGCAUAUUCAAUCUUUUGGCCGCUCUUUCGCUAAUAAUACAUAUGCGGUGAUUUUGCCAAGAGAGAUCACUUGAAAGAUUAUUGCCUAAGUGACAAUACAAGUGAACGUCUGGUAUGGCCGCUUGAUUUAACAAAAUCUACGAUGAUCAGGUUUGUUAUUCUUAACAGAAAAAAUCAUAGAUCGUGUUUUACUGGGAUUUAUGGUUACCAUCCAUUUAUCGGCCCAAUUAGAUAUAGAUGUAAGAUCAGUAUUAAGCUUUACAGCAGAAGUUGUUGGAGAAUCUACCACAUCUAAAAUCAUAGUGUCGUCAGCAAAUAAAAAGCCUCAGAUUGUAUAUCAUUAGUAAUAUCGUUGAUGUAUAUCAGAAACAGGAGAGACCCAAGAACACUGCCUUGGGGUACUCCAGCAUUGACUUUUUCCCAGUUCGAAUUGGUCCCCUCCACAACUACUCGUUGAAAACGAUUAGAGAGACUGCUCUCCAACCAGUUUAGUAAUGUACCUUUGAUUCCAAUAAAUUUCAAUUUGCUUAUCAACCCCUCGUGCCAAACUUUGUCAAAUGCCAUACUAAUAUCCAGAAACACUGCUCUUAUUUUUUUUCUAGAAUAUAUUUGAUGAACAGCAUAUGUUAAUUGCAAAACAGUUGAAUGGCCAGGACGAAAACCAGACUGUAAAUUAUGUGAAAUCCAAUUGCGAUCAAGUAGUUAAUUAUGAAGGCGAACAAAAACUAUUUUUUCGCAAAUUUUAG